UCUGUUGUCCUGAUCUUCACCAGCCUCUUUGUCCUGGACACAGCCAAAAGGUCUGUGGGAUGUCAAUCCAUUGCUCCAGAAAACUGCUCCUCAAGCAAGUGAUCUUUGAGGAGCUCCUAAAUUCAGUUAGUAAAGAUGUGGCCCUGGCUUGGAAGAGUCUUCAGGAAGCCAAAGUGGUGCUACAGAGAAUUGAAAACAAACUUGAUCAUCAAAUGUGGAGCGGUGCCAAGUCCCAGGCAGCCAGAAGAAAGCUCUGGUAUGAGGAAAGCUUUGAUGAGAGAAGUGGAGAUGAAACAGCUUGGGAUGAGAAGAGCAGCGAGACUCUUCCAUGCUGCAGGGCUCCAUGUGCUCCGGGGCUGCUUCCCGCCGCAGCUGCAUGGCUGGAGGAGACGCAUGCGAGAUCCUCCCCGUGGAGGCUGGAGCAGCUCAGGGAGAGGAUCCGGGUGCAGAGGCUGCGCCAGCAAGGAGCCGCUCCGGAGCAGAAGUGUCCCGGUGCCAAGGAGCCUCAGCAGAAGCGAGCGGCGCGCGGGGUGGCUUGUGCUCCCCCUGCUCCAGCCCGCACAGAUAUGAAAUGCUCUGGAGCUUCUGCGUGGAGAGAAGGUCAGAAGUUGGCUAGAAAGUUGCUUGGUCCAUCUCCUAAAUUUGCAACACUGAAGAGCAUAGUUGAAGAGCCCAUCACUGCAAUCACCUUGGAGCCUGGUGAAGGAUUUAUAGCAAUGCCAUUGAUGGAACAGAUCCCUGGAGAAAGGGGAAGUGAAGCUGUGGGGGAAAGCCCUGCCUUCAAAAGCUGUGUGGUAUGCAGCAAUGAACAGGCUGAAAAGGACAGAAAUACCCUGGACGAGGCCAAGAAACAAAUUCUGAAGAAUCUAGGUGUGCAAAGUGAACAUGCUGAGCGCAGAAAUACCAAGUUCCCCAAAGAUGCUGCAAAAGGAAAGGCAGAAGUUCUGCAGCAUCACCYAGGGAUUGGCUCUGCUUCACCUGGAGCUGAGUGCAGGACUCCUUCUUCAUUCAGUGGGGAAGAGACAAGAUCCCCAUUAACGAGAGCUGAACCUGAGUAUGGCAACUACAGUGGAGGAAAAAACGCUUCUCAAAGGUGGAACGAGUCAAGGGGCCUGGCACAGAAAGGGUCUGAAAAGGAAAACCUUAACCACCCUUCAAAGAGGAGGGCAAACCUGAAAAAACCUCACCCSUACAGCCCUGAAGUCAUUAGGGAAUAUAUGUAUCAAAAGAAUAUAGAAAGAAAGAAAAAAAGCCUGGAAGAGAAGAGGUCUUUGGUGCAGGCAAUGGAGAUGAGAAAUAAGAGAUUGCAGGAAGUGUACAGGAAACAGAAAGAAGCUUUUGGAAGGAAAAGGUGUUCUGGCCGGACUCAGAAGUUCAUCAAGGAGGCAGGUUCUGCAGAAGGAAAUCCCUGGGGUAAACCUGAGCAUAAGCAGCCCAGCAGUGGGACCUUGGAGAGGAGUUUUAUGGCCUGGGGACCUAAAAGGUCCUGCAUUCUAAGCAAGGAGCCCAGAAGCAGGAAUUUGCUUAUAGAAGCAGCUCAAUUACCUACAGAGAGAGAGGUUGUACCUUCUCCAGCAGCAGGGGAAUCCAAACACUUGUUUUCCAGCUCUCUGAAAUGUGAGGACUUGCAGGACAACUCUUGCCUGGCUCCAUAUACCCCUUCACUGAGCAUCUCCCUUCCCUGCCAGGAUGCAGAACCUGAAUCCAAGGACUUGGUUUUUGGUGUUUCUCCAUAUAGAAGCAAACAGGAUCGAGUGCAAGCCAUACAUAGGUUGUCCCUGGAACUUGCAGAAAAGGUUGAGUUGGCGACUGGGAGAAUGAAUGCAGCAAGCAGGGUCCACGACUUUGCCAACAAAAUAUCAACACAGACAACUUUGGACCUUUUCAAAGGAUCGUCUCACUUGGAGCCCGAGACAUCCAAGGAUGAGCAAGACAGGACAAUGACGUUACAAAUGCUUCUGGAAGCCCCAGAUCCUGACAAGUUGCAUGUAUCUUCAGAUAGGGAGUUUCAUGGACUGGGCAAGACUAUUCUUGCUCGUAGUCCUGAGGGAGCAACUGGCCAGGACAGACUUAAAACCAUGUGCACCUCUUUGUCUGGUGGUGGUGCUGCAAGCAAAGAACUACCAUGGAACCUCUGCAAUGUGAGACAGAGGCAUUCUGACACUGGGGAAGACCUGAGCAGCACAUYGCAAGCUGAAAGGAAUGAAAAACCUAACACCAAGUACUUAGAAACCUGUGAAUGUUAA